AUGCUUGUCGAAAACCCCCAGCAAACGACUAACGAGGCUGAAAGCCAGUCAAUGGCAAGCAGCAGCCCCGAGGAUACCUUCGUCAGGGCUUUAGAAAAGGAGCCUCCAAAAGCCUUUACCAAAAUAGGGUCCAAGCUCUACGCUGCCUCCCUUAUCGGGUGCUUCUGUGCCACAAUGGACGGGUACAAUGGCUCUUUGAUCAACAAUCUGCUAGCGAACAAAAAUUUCCUGGAUUGCUAUGGUGGUUCGAAUUCCGGGCUUUGGUCUGGCCUUGUUACGGCCAUGUACCAGAUCGGGGCCGUUGCUGCUUUCCCCUUCGUCGGGCCAGCUGUUGAUACUUGGGGCCGCAGAGCUGGAAUGAUAAUCGCUUCCAUAUUGACCAUUGUUGGAGCCGUGGUCCAAGGUGCGGGGACCAAUAUUCAGUCCUUCAUGGGCGGAUCGUUUUUGCUGGGGUUUGGGAUAUCAAUUGCGGUUACUGCUGGGCCAACGUAUGUGGUGGAAAUCUGUCAUCCGCCAUAUCGAGGAGUGGUAACUGCAAUUUACCACACUUUUUGGUUCACUGGUUCGAUUAUCGCGGCCGGUGCGGCGAGAGGUGCACUUGAUAUUGGCGGUAACGGAUCUUGGAGGAUCAUAAUUUGGCUGCAAGUACUCUUUGCAGGCAUCAUCGUCGUCGUUGCACUGUUUCUACCAGAAUCACCUCGUUGGCUCUAUGUCAAUAGCAAACAAACCGCAGCCACCGAGAUGUUGAUCAAGUUCCACGGGGAUGGAAAUCCAGACUCAGAGUGGGUUAAACUGCAGCUUAACGAGUACGAAGAGUACCUCGAGUUAGAUGGAGCGGAUAAGAGAUGGUGGGAUUACCGUGCUUUGUUCCGUAACAAGGCAUCGAUAUAUCGUCUGUAUUGCAACGUCUGCAUUUCUAUUUUUGCUCAGUGGAUGGGGAACGCCGUCAUCACCUACUUCAUGUCUGCUGUCCUUGAUACAGCAGGAUACAAAGGCACUGUUGCACAGCACAAUCUCAUCCUCAUUAACAACUGUCAGGGAUUCGCCUGGUCGAUUCUUGAACCAAGCUGCUGGACAAGCUGCAUGCUCUUCAUUUUCAACGCCAUUUACGCUGUGGGAAUCACACCACUGCAAGCGUUGUACCCCGUUGAGGUACUAAGCUUCGAGAUGAGAGCCAAGGGAAUGGCAUUCAGUAGUCUUGCAACAGGCGCAGCUGGGCUACUGAACAAGUUUGCUUGGCCAGUGAGUAUCGAAAGAAUCGCCUGGAGGACCUACAUCAUUUUUGCGGUCUGGGACGCAAUACAAGCCAUUGUGAUUUACUUCACAAUAGUCGAAACAAAGAAUAGGACCCUUGAGGAACUGGAUGAGAUCUUCAAGGCUCCUAAUCCAGUCAUGGCCUCAAUAAAAAGGAAGAAGAGUGUCGCUGGAGUGUUCCCUAAUUCCCUCGAAGCGCUCAUCCCCUGA